CUCUCUCUCUAUCAAUUAUCCCUUUGUUUUGUUGUUUCAAGUAUUAGGGUUUUGCUUUUCUGAUUUGAUUACUGAUAUUCAUUGAACAUUCUCUCAUUUCCCUUGUACGGUCUCUCUCAGUCCCUCGCUGCUGCAGUUUGUUGAUACUACCAGUUUGAUCGGAGCUGAGGUGUCACAGUGUCUAAAAUGGAGAGUAACGAUGAUGCUGUAAAAAAAACACAGUUGGUGGAAGCGCGAGCAAGAAAUAUUAGUCACAAUGUCAGGUGCAUUGAGUGCGGGAGUCAAUCCAUUGAAGAUUCACAAGCAGAUAUUGCGAUUCUCCUCAGAAAGUUGAUCCGUGAUGAGAUUCGAUCUGGGAAAUCAGACAAGGAGAUCUAUAGAAAGCUUGAGGAUGAUUAUGGGGAGACGGUCCUUUAUACCCCAAAGUUUGACCUUCAAACUGCAGCAUUAUGGCUAUCACCGGUGUUAGUGGCUGGUGCUGCUGCAGGAGUAUGGGCAUACAAUAAGCACAAGCAAAAGACUAACGUUCACAUCAUGGCUUUAAAUCUGGUCAGGGGUGUUCCAUUGACACCAAAAGAGAAGCAAACUAUGUUAGAUCUCCUCACACCUCCACCUCCUCAGAGAACUGCUUCUUCCUGGUGGAGGAGUUGGCGAAGGCAAUGAGGCAACCAUUUUAUUGAUAGCUUGAACAAAACAACAAUUCAAAAGAGUUCCAGAGUGGGCAGAAGAAUAAAUUAGAUAACAAAUGUGACAAUCAUCAUUGAUCAAGGUUAAUUUUAUAUUUUGUUUUUGUCCUAGCAAUCGUGAUUUGAUUUUGUGUGCUGUAUCCAACGAUCAAUUUGUGAUUACUGUUAGAAAUAUUACCGAGAAAUAUCAUAGAAAUGGUACUUGCACCAAACAAUUGUGUUUA